AACAGUUCAGCUGCGGCACACUACGUCACUUCCUGUGAGUCUCUGAUAAAGACGGCCUGGCGGGAGCUCCGCGGGUCCAUUUUUUGGGUUUGUUCUGUGAAUCCGGCGUGAAUCGGAGCCAUCAGAACCGCAAAUAUGACGGUGGGAAAGAGCAGCAAGAUGCUGCAGCACAUCGACUUCAGGAUGAGAUGCAUCCUGCAGGACGGACGCAUCUUCAUCGGCACCUUCAAGGCCUUCGACAAGCACAUGAACCUGAUCCUGUGUGACUGCGACGAGUUCAGGAAGAUCAAGCCGAAGAACUCAAAGCAGCCGGAGCGCGAGGAGAAGAGGGUUCUGGGAUUGGUCCUGCUGAGGGGGGAGAACCUGGUCUCCAUGACGGUGGAGGGCCCGCCCCCUAAAGAUACGGGGAUCGCUCGUGUACCUUUAGCAGGCGUGGCCGGAGGUCCGGGUGUUGGUCGUGCGGCGGGUCGCGGCGUUCCUGCCGGCGCUCCGAUGCCUCAGGCUCCCGCUGGUCUGGCGGGACCCGUCAGGGGGGUGGGCGGGCCCUCGCAGCAGGUGAUGACCCCGCAGGGCAGAGGGACGGUUGCCGCGGCAGCAGCCGGGGCGAGCAUCGCAGGAGCACCUACGCAGUAUCCACCUGGACGAGGAGCCCCGCCCCCCAUGGGCCGUGGAGCCCCGCCACCAGGUAUGAUGGGCCCGCCCCCCGGCAUGCGGCCCCCGAUGGGUCCUCCGAUGGGGAUGCCUCCUGGUCGAGGCGCUCCGAUGGGGAUGCCUCCCCCGGGCAUGAGGCCGCCGCCCCCCGGCAUGAGAGGACCACCCCCUCCCGGGAUGAGACCGCCCCCUCGGCCCUGAAGAAGCCCCGCCUCCUCAGACUCUCCUGCUGUACACAUGGUUUUUUUUACCUUCUUCGUUUGUUUUUUAAUAAAGUGUCUUCUGUACAUUUGA